AUGAAGGGCAUCAUGCAAUUUGGAAAGAAAGGGAAGCUCAGUCCUAGGUACGUUGGACCGUAUCAGAUUAUUCAAAAGAUCGGUAUGGUGACAUACGAGCUUGAUUUGCCUACAGAAUUGGAAGCAGUCCAUCAUGUAUUUAAUGUAUCUAUGUUGUGGAAGUGCAAUGGAGAUCCUUCACGUAUUAUUCCCAUUGAAAAUAUUUGUAUCGCUGAAGAUUUAUCUUAUGUAGAGGUACCAAUAGCGAUUUUAGAUCGGCAAGUAAGAAAGCUUCGAACUAAAGAUGUAGCUUCGGGUAUGGCUAAUACAAGGGUAAAUGCUAGGAGAGAAGAGAAAGGCAAUGUGGAGCAAGAGGUUCCUCCCCAAGUUCCACAUCAAGCUCCUAUUGAUCCUCCGGAUAUGACUAAUGUGGAGAUUAGGUCGGCUUUACUAGCAUUGACCCAAGCCAUGAUGGUUCAAGCUCGAAUUGUGACAAAUCAAGCUUAA